AUGGUUAAUGAGCUGAUCGAGACGACGCAGUCUGGACCAAUCGUACUCGUUCUCUGUGGUGGCAUUGGUCACUCAACUCAGUUGAUGCAUGAUGCUAUAGCUCGUCAUCCCAGGUACAGCCGCAUCUCUGAUCGGAUCCGCAUGCUACCAGAGGCUCGUAUGCUUGAGGUUAUUGCGGAACAAUUCUGGCAACUGAGGGUCGAUGGUGGCUCACAAGCUUCCAUGGGAACCGCCACAAGAGAGAGACUCACGAUUUUGGUUGAGGACACGUCGACGAAUUGUGCACUCAAUGCCGUGAACACGAGAAAGGUGCUAGACGCCAACGGUUAUACAUCGCCACAUUCCAUUGUGGUUGCCCAGGAUCCCACCAUGUGUCGGCGUACCGUUGCUGCAUUUGAGCAAGUCUAUGCUAAUAAGGCCGAUGAGACUCCCGUGCUCAGAAGCUGGCCGACGUUUGUACCAAAGGUGAUGCUUGCAGAUUCUACGUCGCCAGAAAAUACUGGAAGUCUCACGUCACUCCUGUCCUACGAUUUCUCAGACUUCAAAGACAAUCGCAAGACGGACCUUUGGGGCAUGGACCGACUCAUGUCUCUACUGGUAGGAGAAAUCCCACGAAUGAGGGACGAUGAAAAUGGGUAUGGGCCACGAGGCAAAGGGUCGAUUGUGCAUGUCGAUAUCCCACAGCGAAUCGAAGACACCUGGAAGUUACUUCACCAUUUGCUUGGUCAGAUCGUGCGAUAA